GUUCAGACAAAUAUAAAUUAAUGUUAUUUUUUGAGUAGAAUAUGUUAUUUGAUUGAUUGAACAUUUUGUUGAUUGGCGCAGAUUUCUUAAUGUGAAAUUAUUUAUAAUUAAAUGGAUAUUUUUUUAGUCACAAAUAAGUGACACCUGUUGAUAUCAGUGAUAAGAAAAUCUCCCGCGUAAAAGGUUCAACAUUCCCGCCUGUUGCAUCUCAGCUUCCUGGUAGUCGUGCAGAACCGGAGAAUUGGAGACGCCGCCCUUUCCCAAGAAAAACAACUCGAAAAAAGUUCAAAUCGCCGAUUUUCCAUUAUUUUGGCCGUUUUGUCAUUUGGUGCGAAAUGAUUGAUUCAGACGUCGACCAGCAAUUAAAAGAGAUUCAGAAAGAAUAUCUUGACUUGCUCGACGAUGAAGACGACCAAGGCGUUUAUCAGAGGAAGGUGAAGGAAAUGAUCGAAAGCAAAAGGACCCGCGUUAUCGUCAAUCUGGCCGACAUCCGUAAAAAUAAACCAGAAAGGGCUGUCAACUUAAUGAAAAAUGCUGGUGAAGAGCUACUUGCAUUUCAGAAUGCCUUAAAACAGUAUGUCGCCACCCUAGAUCCAUUGUAUGAUUUCAACGAAUUUUAUGUUGGCUUCGAAGGAAGUUUUGGAAGUCGUCACGUGACGCCACGUACACUUACUUCAAGAUAUAUCAAUAACCUUGUUUGUGUAGAAGGGAUUGUUACACAAUGUUCUCUUGUGCGCCCAAAACUAAUGAGAAGUGUUCACUAUUGCCCUACGACUCAAAAAAUGUCCGAAAGGCUCUAUUCCGACUUCACAUCUCUAAAACCCAUGGCUACUGCACCGAUAUAUCCUACUAAGGAUGUUGAUGGAAAUCUUUUAGAGACUGAAUAUGGUUUAUCAAAUUAUAUGGAUCACCAAAGUAUGACAGUGCAAGAAAUGCCUGAGAAAGCGCCUGCAGGUCAGUUACCAAGAUCAGUUGAUGUGAUUUGUGAUCAUGAUUUAGCUGAUAAAUGUAAACCAGGAGAUCGAGUCCAAAUUGUAGGCUUGUACCGGUGUUUACCUGCAAAACAAGGAGGUUUCACAUCUGGUAUUUUUAGAACUGUGCUGCUUGCAAAUAAUAUAAGUCAAUUGAGUAAAGACACCAAAAUAGCUUUAUCUAGAGCUGAUAUUGCUAACUGUCGAAAAAUGGCAAAGCAAAAGGGCAUGUUUGACAUGUUAAGCCGUUCAUUAGCACCUUCCAUUCAUGGACACGAAUAUGUUAAAAAAGCAAUACUUUGUAUGUUGCUCGGUGGUGUUGAAAAAAUUCUUCCAAACGGCACACGUCUUCGAGGAGAUAUAAAUAUACUAUUGAUUGGAGACCCGAGUGUAGCCAAAUCUCAACUCUUGCGUUAUGUUUUAUGCACUGCUCCUCGUGCGAUUGCUACUACUGGCCGUGGGAGUUCAGGUGUAGGUUUGACGGCGGCUGUAACUUCAGAUCAUGAAACUGGGGACAAAAGGUUGGAAGCUGGUGCUAUGGUUUUAGCCGAUCGUGGUAUUGUUUGUAUUGAUGAAUUUGACAAAAUGUCAGACAUCGAUAGGACAGCAAUUCAUGAAGUGAUGGAACAAGGAAGAAUAACUAUAGCCAAAGCUGGUAUUCAUGCCCAACUAAACGCCCGAUGCAGUGUAUUAGCUGCUGCUAACCCAGUUUAUGGAAAGUAUGAUCAGUAUAAGCCACCUAUGGAGAAUAUCGGUUUACAAGAUUCACUCUUAUCAAGAUUUGAUCUGUUAUUUGUUAUGUUAGACACAGUAAACAGCGAUGUUGAUAAUAUUAUAUCUGAUCAUGUUGUAAGAAUGCACAGAUACAGAGUUCCAGGUGAACUUGAUGGAGCUGUUUUGCCAAUGGGUUCUUCCGUCGAAAUUCUGAGUACUCACGAACCUACUGAACAGUCAACUCAAGAUAGUAACAUACAAGUAUUUGAGAAAUAUGAUGCUUUACUCCAUGGAAAUUCCAGAUCAAAAAAUGAGAAAAUUUUUACGGUUGAAUUCAUGAAAAUUUAUAUCCACAUAGCAAAAUCACUAAAGCCUCAAUUGUCUGACAAGGCAACUGAAGUUAUUGCUGAAGAAUACGCAAGAUUGAGAUCACAAGAUGCUGUACAGGAUGGUGAAGCUAGGACACAACCUGUUACGGUGAGAACUUUAGAAACACUGAUACGACUUGCAACAGCUCAUGCAAAGGCUAGAUUGGCGUCAACAGUUGAACUUCAAGAUGCAGAAGCAGCAAUUGAGCUAGUUCAAUUUGCUUAUUUCAAGAAGGUUUUGGAAAAGGAAAAGAAGAGAAGGAGACAGGCAAAGAAAGACAGCAGGGAAAGUGGUGAUGAUGAUGAUGACGAUGAUGAUGAAGAUGAUGAUGAUCAUGAUAACACUGAAACACCACAAACUAAAAAGAGAAAGAAAGCGAAAAGCAGCAAUGGCAUGUUUGCUUUGUCAGAUUUGGAAGAUAAUGUCGUCAGCUCGGGGGUACCUUCUAGUACGAAUGGUGAGGGAGAAAGUUCUGUGGAACAAGCACAAUCUGAUGAAAUUUCAGAAACAAGGCUUGGUGAGUUCAGAUUGGCUAUCUCCAGAUCCUUCCAAGAGGCUAACAAGCAAUCAUUUAAUUAUAAGGAACUAAUUGAAAAUGUCAAUAGCAAAUCGAAGGAUUUGCCUUACUCAGAAAGUGAAAUUCGGGCCGCAUUUAAGAAAAUGACUGAUGACAAUCAAGUCAUGGUUUCAGAUGAAACAGUUUUUCUAAUUUAAGUAGCAGAAUAGCAGAAUAAUAAAACAAAAACCAUCAUUGUAUUAUACAAAUUUGAAAAUUCAGAUGCAGUCUUUCAAAUAUAUUUUUCCCUUGUAAAUUUAUCUUUUUUUUCCUACAAUAAAUAAAAAGUUGCGUAUUUUGGGAUCUUGGUAAUUAUACUAAAAAUUGUCCACUUAUUAAUUAUAGAAUUUUUAAAUAUAUUGAUUGAAUUGAUUUGGUACAUGCUAGUUUUCAAAAAUCCAAAAUUACCUCAGUCUUAUCCAUUUGGCACCAGAGUUAUCAGCAGCUGGGUCAUACUUAAAUACAUUCCAUUCUACAUUCAUGCCUAUAUCAAGUAAGGCAAUACAUUAAAUAUUCUUCGAUCCAACUAAACUGUCUAAUCCAAAUAAAGAUCAAUAUCCAAAAUAUUCCAUCAUCAUUCAUCUUAAACUACUUACACUCUAUUUUUUUCCUUUUCCAGGGACUUUUGUGACUCUUCCCUUUAUUUUCUUGUGAUCUAACAUCUUCCAUACCUCAAAAAGUGCACUACUCUGUUUUUGUAUAGGCAUUGGUACUGCCUUUCUGAAGAGGAUGUACAUACCAGUCACAGGACGUGUUCUGAUGUCUCUGCUGUUUCAUGACAGUCGACAGGUUUCUAUCUCACAAGGGGAUGAUCAGGUUAGUGUGUAACGGUACCAAACUUAUUUUUGGGAUUCUACACGCCAAAAUAUUGGACAUGCAUCUGCUAUUUCUUGUGAAUGGGCC